AUGGCGGGGUCGUCCAUCUAUAUAUGGCUGAGAACAGAAGUGCAAGGCGAUGGCGCCACUGUCGCUAUGGAAAUUAAGUGGUGUCACUAUUUGAGAAGUGACCGAGUAGAACGUCUACAACCGAUAAGAAAUCCGACCGAAGCCACAACCACACGACACACGCACCUAUGCCUUGCUCAAUUCCAAAAUACUUCUCCGUUUUCACAACGAUCCAAUUUCACGACUGAAAACAACAUUAUCUCGCUGGAGGACGACCUGGUUCAAUCAAUUCUUCAGUGGAGUUGUGACUCGGGAAUGUCAUGGUUUUAUUCGUUUCUGUCAUCUCUCUUCAAGAAGCUUCCAUAA